AUGGAAGAAGCCGGUCUACCUCAGUCUGAGGGUCCUCCUCCGCUGCCAUACUCUUUGCGCCAACGGAAGAAAUCCAUUGCGUUUUUCUGGACGCUUUUCGUGAUCGACACCCUCGGCCAACCGCUGAUCUUAUACUGGGCGCUGAAAUACUGCACGAGUUUGUCGCUGAAUUUGGUCUUUUCGAUUAGUACGGCGGCCCUAGGCGGUAUUUCGGUCUUUGAAUACUUUUAUCGACUGUAUAAUCUUAUGCGAAAGGACUCCCGAGCUCGUCCUCUGAAUGCGCGCAAGUCAUGGCUCGACUUUUUCCACAUCAACUUUACCAUUGUAUGGCUGAUUCUAGCCGUUGAAUUGAUUGUGGGAACCGUCAGCCCGGACCCUCACGUUCGCCUACUCGCCAUGCCACUCCCCACCGUCAUGUUCUACUUUGGCGGCGUCCACCUGACGCUUGACAUCCUCCGCAUGGCCGGCUUCAAAGCCCCUUUCCGCAUUUCCUCCACCCACCAGGGCUCCGCCAUGCCCACUGCCCUGUACGUGCUUGUCGAAGAUAUCGUGGCCGUCGACGGCGGCGGCGGCCAAAAGUUUCGCUACGCUCUGCGCACUCGCUACCUGUCGAGUCCGUAUUUCCGGCGCAUGCUGUUUGAAAUGAACUGCUUCUGGGCCGGCGGCUCCCUGGUUGCGGCGGCUGCUAUUACCGCUAUUAUCUUUACGACGUCAGAGGACGUUGCCUACACACUGGGCUGGUCCCUCCCCUUCGCCUGGGCCACUGUUUGGACCCUCAUCACUUUUCCAUGGGUGCAAGCCGAACUGCGCCGCGAAAAGGAGACAUGGGACCGCGUCCGGCACUUUGGCGGUGGCGAGCCAUUUACCGACGACAUCACGGUGAAUCCGCGCACGCGCUACAACUCAUUUCAGGCUCGUAUUCUGCCUUUUGGGGGGCGUGAGAAACAGGUGCAGGAUGGUCCUUCGCCGCCGGGUUCAUCGACUGUCACUGAUGAUACGAACACGCAUGCGAAUACUACUCUUACUGAUGAUAACAACAAUACUCAUAAUCAUAAUCAUAAUCACACGAACUCUAACGACAACACUACUGGAUCGAAAAUCCAAGACGACGACAACGACAACAGCAAUGCGCAACCAGAUGGUGUCGUCGCUGGCGACGAAACCCCCGUCGAUACUCGCGAUCACGACCACGAAACACAAGAAAAAGAACCCAAGCCGGACGUUUGA